UAUCUGUGCGUGAUUUUUUGAUUUCUGCUCUCAGUCGUCUCGGCGAGUCUAGACUGAAGAUGCUCUUGGACGCAGGACCGCAGUAUCCCACCAUAGGAGUCACUACUUUCGGCUCCUCACGGCAUCACUCAACAGGCGAAGUCACAGAGAGAGAAGUGGCGUUGGGGAUAAAUCCGUUCGCUGAUGGGAUGGGCGCAUUCAAAAUAAACCACAGCUCCCACGAUAUUGGCUCCGGACAAACGGCGUUUUCCUCCCAGGCACCCGGCUACGCAGCAGCCGCCCUGGGACACCACCACCACCCGACCCACGUUGGCUCUUACUCCACGGCGGCUUUCAACUCCACCAGGGACUUUCUCUUCAGAAAUCGGGGUUUCGGGGACGCCACCGGGGCUCAGCACAGUUUGUUCGCCUCCGGAAGUUUCGCAGGGCCACAUGGACACUCAGAUGCAGCAGGGCACCUGCUCUUCCCAGGGCUCCACGAGCAAGCAGCGAGCCAUGCGUCUUCCAACGUGGUCAACAGCCAGAUGCGGCUGGGCUUCUCGGGGGACAUGUACGGACGGGCCGACCAGUACGGCCACGUUACGAGCCCGCGGUCCGACCACUAUGCUUCGACCCAGCUGCACGGCUAUGGCCCCAUGAACAUGAAUAUGGCCGCGCACCACGGAGCAGGGGCCUUCUUUCGAUACAUGAGGCAGCCGAUAAAGCAAGAGCUCAUCUGCAAGUGGGUCGAGCCGGAGCAGCUGACGAAUCCUAAAAAGUCGUGCAACAAAACUUUUAGCACGAUGCACGAGCUGGUGACCCAUCUGACGGUGGAGCAUGUGGGGGGACCAGAGCAGACCAACCACAUCUGCUUCUGGGAAGAUUGCUCCAGAGAAGGAAAGCCAUUCAAAGCCAAAUACAAACUCGUAAAUCAUAUCAGAGUACACACCGGAGAAAAGCCCUUUCCGUGUCCGUUCCCCGGCUGUGGCAAAGUAUUUGCCCGAUCGGAAAAUCUAAAAAUUCACAAAAGGACUCACACUGGUGAGAAGCCUUUUAAGUGUGAGUUUGAAGGCUGCGACAGGCGAUUUGCAAACAGCAGUGACCGCAAGAAACACAUGCACGUCCACACGUCGGACAAGCCCUAUCUCUGCAAAAUGUGCGACAAGUCCUACACACACCCCAGCUCCCUCCGAAAACACAUGAAGGUCCACGAAUCCACUAAUCCAGGAUCGCAGCCAUCUCCAGCGGCCAGUUCAGGGUACGAGUCGUCCACACCUCCAACCAUAGUAUCACCGUCUACAGAGAACCAGAGCAGCAGCUCCAUAUCACCAGCAGCCUCAGCAGUACACCACACAACCAGCCACAGCACGCUGUCGUCAAAUUUCAAUGAAUGGUACGUGUAA